UUACACAGAGCAGUCAGAGAAAAGCACUCAUACCUGAACAGUGGGAAUUACACAGCACGCGCUCUCUGCGGAUUAUCUUGGAGCAUAAUUCCUUUGCAUCAUACUGUGGCUUUUGCUGUAAUCAGUGUCUCCAUGUCAUCACCCUGCCUCAGCAGCAUCCUGACUAAUGCCAACCUCACCAUGUAUCAGACUGGCAUCCCUGAUGUGCUGCCGCAGCAGCCCAGUGUGCUUCCCAGCAUUAACAGCCUGCACAUCAGCAAUCUAACAUACAACUCCAACAUGAGCGGUCAGUGGUACAGGCAGGUGAGCCCUCACUGCUGGACAGCAGAGAAUGUCCUGGAGUGGAUCAGUGACCACGUGGAGUGCACCAAGUUUGAUGCCAGUACUCUGAGUCUGGCAUACUGCGCCAUUGAUGGCCCCUCUCUCUGCCAGAUGAACCGCGACCAGAUGAUCGAGGUCUUUGGCCUGCAGCUCGGCCCACGCCUCCACCAGAGUCUACAGGAACACAAGACCAAAUAUGAGCUGCAGAGCCUGUCAGGGCCAGAGCUGAACGAGACCUGCCAGCUCCUGGACAACUUUCUGGUCAAUCUCAAUUUCCCUCUGCUGAGCACCAUUAGAAUUGGCCAAGCUGAAGGAGCUGUCGGCAAGAGGGAGUUGGACUACAGGGAUGAUUAUGAUCUUACAAGUCUCACCAUGGAGCCCAUGACCCCCUUGGGUGACACGGAGUGCCUGUCUGAUAACCACUCUGACAGCGAGUACAGCUCCUCCUCCAACAGUGGCAUGUUUGACUUCUCCUGCCUCAGCUCUCCAGAGUCUGGCAGUGGUGAAUCAGACCCGGAGUUCUCCUACCCUCUGAUUUCAAAGGAGCACAUCAAAACAGAAAAAGGAGAGUCUCGAGUCAAGCGACCCCGGGGCCGACCUCCCAAAGCCAGCAGACAGCACAGCUGCAGCAUUUAUGAAAAUCCAAAGAAAAACAAACACGCACCUCGUGGCACCCACCUGUGGGAGUUCAUCAGGGACAUUCUGAUCCACCCAGAGAGGAACCAGGGCCUGAUGAAGUGGGAGGACCGCCGCGAGGGUGUCUUUAAGUUCCUCAAGUCUGAGGCUGUGGCUCAGAUGUGGGGCCAGAAGAAGAAGAACAGCAGCAUGACGUACGAAAAACUCAGCCGGGCCAUGAGGUAUUACUAUAAGAGGGAGAUCCUGGAGCGUGUGGAUGGCCGAAGGCUCGUCUACAAAUUUGGAAAGAACUCGAGUGGCUGGAAGAUCGAGGACAUUGGCAUGGGCAUAUGAGGCAUCAGUCACUGAGCACGUAAAAAACCCAACAGCUGAUCUGAGCAUUAGUUCAGGAACUGGAAAUAUGUGUGUGACCUGUCUGAAAAAAAAGCCCUUUGCUUUCCCAGAUGUUUAAGACAUUAACUUCCUUGUAGAAGGAAGGUGUUGCAGAAAAUGUAAGCCAGUGUUUUUGGCUCUUGUAGGUUUUAUGAACCAAUAUUGAUGUUGUACCUGUUGUAUGUUUUUAAUGUCACUGCAGAAACCUAACUAUGUGCAACCAAAUGAAUCAUUUUGGAUGCUGUAAGCUGAAGAAGCAAAGUUUUAACAUUGUACAGGAUUCACUCUGGUAUUUGUAUUUAGCCUGAGUUACUUUAGUGAUGCAGGGCUAACUCAUCCUCAUCUCUCACUGUGGGUUUGCUUUAGUGUAUAGGCAUUAAUGACUUGUAUAUUAAUAUAUUGUGGCAGUGGAAAUAUUAUAUCAUUACUUUUUUAAACUUUUAUAUUACUGUCUUGUUAUUCUGAAAGGGUAAAACUUUCAUUGUAAGUUUUCCAAUCAGUUAUGGAUCUGAAUGUAAGGACAAAUUCGGAAAAGCCCUCUACUGCUAAACUCAAAGUAAGAAAACAAAGACAGAAAAGAUUGAACUAGAAAUAGUGAUUUUACUUCACAUUUAAACAGUAAGGAUGUGCACUACAUGUCUAUUGGUAUCACUUAUUAUAAAGUGUGUUUAUACAAAGCAAAAAGUAGUUUAGGAGUAACUGUAUUACAUGUCUUAUGUAUGAUCAUCACCGGUAUACAGUUUGUAUUGAUUGGUAAGAAAUGAGUUGCAUGUUGUAUGAUUUUUAAAAAUGUGUGUGAUCAAUGGGAUGCUGAUUCAAAACCAAAUGCUGGAGGCCAAAUACUGUUCAUCUGCACACACUCCCCACACUGCCGUGACAGACUUGAUUGAAAAUCAAUAUAUACAAACACACACACACACACACACACACACACACACACACA